AUGUCGUCCUCUGACUCAGUCCACUCACAGAAUCUGGACACUCGCUUCAGUACUCCAGCCCCCGAGCUCGAUGACCAUCGCCGCAGAGUAGUCCAGCCCCAUCAUCAUUUGGUUGUUCCUUCUGUUGAGGUUGAGCACCCUACUCCGGCGCCCAGUGGUAUCGAUGAGAAGGACCUGCAACGGAUCGAUGCCAGCCUCCUGCACAGCUUGGAACAGAACCCCAUCGCCCGCGACUUUGAGCAGGCAAUUUUAGACGAUGAGCUGUCUGAUGACGAUGAUGGGCAACCUGGUAGCGCCAAAAAAGUGUCCAACCAUCAUCGCAGAACCACAAACAGAGAAGGGCGCCCUCGAGUACCCCGCCAGGAUCGCUCCCGGGACACAUCCUCCUCUCGUUCAACUUCACCUGCCAACUCUGUUGAGGCCUUCGCUGAACCACGUCGACGGCAGCGCGCAAACACUGCCGAGAGUCAUUCUUCUUCAUUUGUUGAGCAUGUUCUCCGACGAACUCACUCGGGUGCCACAAGCCAGCGACGCCCAACCUUGACCAAUAUUAGCGUGCCAGCUGCACUCACUUCGCGAACCGCGCGAACCGAUCGUGACGACGACGACGAUGCCAUUAUCUUUCCUACUGACGAGGAGCCGGGAAAGACCUACAAGAUUGAUUUUGAAGAGCUCGAGGAAUAUGUUGCUCUAUGUGCCCAGGGCCAGAUCCCGGAUAGCAUCCCAGAUCGAUCUGGCGGGAGCAACGUUGUUUUUGAUGACCUUCGAAAGGUUGAAACAAGCCACAGUGCGCCAAAUGUGGCUCUGAACGGCGAGGCUUUUUACGAACAGCCCCUGAACUGUUAUGAUACAACCACGACCGGGACUUCGUCAGACGAAAAGGUUACGCAGAAAGACAAACUAGGACCCAGCAAAUCCACCGAUCGAUUCUUCUUAUUUUCAUCCGAGUUCCUUCAUGGAAAGAGUGCAAACAAGCUAGGAGACUUUACAGCCGAUGGGACCACCUUCCGCGAUCUGUUCGAUGUUGGACCAGAUGGUGCGGGCGUCUGGUGGCUUGACAUUCUCAACCCCACAAAAUCCGAGCUCGAGGUCAUUGCAAAGGCAUUCAAAAUCCAUCGCCUCACUCGUGAAGAUAUCGAAACCCAAGAAGCUCGUGAGAAAGUCGAGCUCUUCUCACAGUAUUACUUUGUCUGUUUCCGCACUUUCAACCCGAAUGUCAGGAGCGAGGAUUUUCUUGAUCCGAUCCAUGUUUAUAUUGUUGUAUGCAGUGACGGUGUUUUGAGCUUCAGUUACACAGCAAACCCGCAUGCCCGCAAUGUCCGCCGGCGUAUCUCCAAACAAGGCGAUUUUCUGUCUAUCGGGCCGGAUUACAUCUGCUACGCUAUGAUCGAUGACAUUGUCGAUUCUUUCGCACCUAUCAUUCGCGAUGCGGAACGUGAAUCCGAGGAAAUUGAAGACCAGGUGUUUAUCGCUCGCGAGAACGAUUACUCUGCGCUCCUUCGCCAGAUUGGCGAGUGUCGCAAGCGCGUCCUUAACAUGAUGCGCCUGCUGGGUGGCAAGGCCGAUGUCAUCAAGGGAUUUGCAAAGCGGUGCACUGAUCAGUACCAGAUGACGCCUCGUGGUGACAUUGGACUGUAUCUGGGCGAUAUCCAGGACCACGUUGUCACCAUGAUGUCCAACUUGGGUCAUGUGGAGAAAAUGCUCUCUCGGUCACAUGCUAACUACUUAGCCCAUUUGAAUGUCGACAACCUUCUCAAGGGGAACCACACGAACAAGACGUUAGCCCGAAUCACAGUGCUAGCGACCAUGCUCGUCCCCCUGAACUUAAUCACCGGUCUUUUUGGCAUGAACGUUCAUGUUCCCGGGGAAGGAGGAAGUGAUCUUGGUUGGUUUUUUGGCAUUGUUGGUGUGAUCAUCGCCAUCGUCACCACCAGUUUAAUCCUUGCGAGGAAGUUCAAGGCCAUUUGA